AUGAAGAGCGUCAGCUUUCUGUUGGCUGCCGCGGCGUGCGUCCGCGCCGCGUGCACCUGGAAGAAUGUCCACACCGGAGGAGGUGGCGGCUUUGUCCCGUCUAUCGUCUUCCACCCAACAGAGAAAGGCGUGGCAUUCGCCCGCACCGAUAUUGGUGGUCUCUACCGCUUGAACUCCGACGAUUCUUGGACACCCGUAACUGACGCCAACGGCUUUGCCAACAACGCCGACUGGAACAGAUGGGGCGUCGACGCUCUGGCCCUCGACCCCGCGGACCCAAACAAAGUGUACAUCGCAACAGGAAUGUACACGAAUGGCUGGUAUGUUUUCAUACAAAGUCUGGUUCUCUCACCUUGGUUGACCGUGCAUGACAGGGACCCCAAGAACGGCACUAUUGCACGUAGUUCUGACAAGGGCGAGUCUUGGGAAGUCACCACUCUUCCUUUCAAGGUCGGCGGUAAUAUGCCUGGCCGCGGAACUGGCGAGCGUCUUGCAGUUGACCCAAAAAAUCCCGAAAUUAUCUACUUUGGUGCCCGCAGUGGCAACGGUCUAUGGAAAAGCACAGAUUCUGGCGCGACCUUUUCCAAGGUGUCUUCAUUCGAGGCCGUUGGUACUUUUCGUCCCGGACCCGAGGGUGAUGCCUACAACGGUGACCUCCAGGGCUUGACUUUCGUCACCUUCGACGAGACCUCCAAUGUGCUCAACGGCGCUACUUCGAGAAUCUUUGUCGGAACCGCUGACAACACUACUGCGUCGGUCUACGUCAGUACUGAUGCUGGUGCAACCUGGGGUCCUGUCGCCGACCAGCCCGCCAAAUUCUUUCCUCAUAAGGCCAGACUCCAGCCCACCGAGAAGGUCAUUUAUUUUUCCUACUCUGACGGGACUGGUCCGUAUGACGGUACCCUUGGCGGGAUCUGGAAGUAUGACCUCACCUCGGGCAAGUGGACCGACAUCACCCCCACUUCUGGCAGCGAUCUUUUCUACGGCUUUGGCGGACUCAGUGUGGACAUGAAAAAGCCCGGUACUCUGGUGGUUGCUACCCUUAACAGCUGGUACCCUGAUGCGAUCCUCUUCCGCUCGACUGACUCCGGUGCCACGUGGAAGAGAAUCUGGAGCUACGGUGCGGACGGCAAGGUUGCACCUCAGUACACUAUCAGCGCGGCUAAUGCACCCUGGAUUGAGACUAAUUUUCUCGAAACCGAUACCAAGAAGCUUGGCUGGAUGAUCGAGUCCCUCGAAAUCGACCCCACCAACAGCGACAAGUGGUUUUACGGCACUGGUCUAACCUUGUACGGCGGUAACGACCUGACUAACUGGGACGAUAAUAAGACCAUCACCAUUGAGAGCCUUGCCUCCGGUAUCGAGGAGAUGGCCAUCUCCAGCCUUGCCAGUGUUCCCAAUGGCCCCGAACUUUUGAUGGCAACUCUUGACAAUAACGGCUUCACCUACACCACAAUUGCUGACCUCGAGAAGGCUCCUCAGACGGCCUGGACAAGCCCUUGGUGGGCUAGUAGUGUUUCUGUUGAUUUUGCCGGCAACGACGUCACCAAGAUCGUCCGUAUCGGCAAAGCUACUGACUCACCCCAGCUUGCCCUCAGCAAAAACGGCGGCGCAACCUGGGCUGUCUUGAACUCCACUGGAACGACUGCCACCGACGGUACUGUCGCUUACUCUGCUGACGGUGAUAUCAUCCUCUGGUCGACUCUCAGCGCCGGCGUUCAAAUCAGCCGUAACGAGGGUAAACUUGAGAACGUGACUCUCCCUGCAAGCAGCGUCAUCGCCAGCGACAAAAGAAAUAACACCGUCUUCUAUGCCGCUUCCAAAGGGACCUUUUACGUCUCAACCGACGGCGCCGUUACCUUUACAGGGUCUCAACUCGCUAACGUCACGGAUAUCCGUCAUAUCGCUGCGCACCCAACCACGACUGGCGAAGUCUUUGUCUCGACCGAUUCCGGAAUCUUUCACAGCACGGACUUCGCAAAAACUUUGACGCCCAUAUCAAGUCCUACUAACUCUCAUGCCAUCUCUGUCGGCAAGGGCGAUGGUACUGGUUGGAACUUGUACGUUUUCGGUGAGGGUGCUGAUGGCAAGAAACUUUACGGUAGCCCUGAUCUUGGUGCUACCUGGGUUGACCUUCAGAGUGACCAGAGCUUUGGUGCACUCGAUGGCGCUGCGCUUACUGGUUCUGCAAACGAGGCUAAUGUUGUCUACGUGGGAACCAAUGGCCGGGGUGUCAUGUACAGUUCGUGCCCUAUCACCAACUCCACUACUGCUCCAGCUGUUGCUCACGCAAGAAGGCACAUGCGUAGCAGGUCCUUGAGACUUCUGGGAACUUCUCGCAGGCAUUAA